CAGGGCACACGGACAUAGCCAAAAGCAAUUGAAUCCAAAAGAUGCCCUUGUUGAAAGGGUCCCAAUAGCGACCCAACUGUACGUUAGUGCAUGUCAGCAUCAGGCUGCUAUCUCAACCCCAUUCAAAUCCACCAAGCAUUGCUCCCAGAAAGAACACAUAAGGGCCAACCCACCUCAAGACGCUAAGCUUAACCACAAGGAAUAUUUUCCUUGUUUGGUUUCCUGGGAUUCCGAUGUGAAAACUUGCCUUUGGCUUUGUUAUCCGAAGCUUCGCCUCCCUGGUACCAAAGCAAAGAACUCUCGUUUUCUUAUUCCCCCUGGUUUGUCCGUCCUGGUGGUUAUCUUUUCCUUCAAAGAUGGUCCAAAGAAAGGUUGCCAGUAAGCUUGGAAUCCAAGCUGAUCAAAUAAAGUCCGAGAAGCUAUCGGCAACCCUCGGACCCUCUUCUCAUCAGAACCAUGAUGGCAAAACCAGAGGGACUGACCUGAAAAAGAAGAUGAAGAGGUCAAGAUCGAUGAAGCUCUCCAGCUUUGACGGCUCGAGAUCAUCUCUCUUCAGGAAGGAAGUCCCGCAACCAGGAAGACCGCCGCCCCGCGACGUUCAGAUGUCCGCAGCAACUCCGCAGAAGCAGUCUCCCGUCAAGUUAAAGGGUGCUGUGCCUAACUAUAUGAAGUCCACCAGCUGUUCAGUUGCGAGAAAGGAGUGCUCUCAGGUAACCUCGCAGACAACCAAAACUGGUUCUGAUAGUAAGAAUCUGCAUAGAAGGACUUCUAGUGCUUCAAAACCAACCCCUGUUUCCUCUGGUAAUACAUCCCCAGAGAACCUAAAAAGAUCAUCGAGUUUGAAACUAGUUAGGACUCUAACAAAGACCCCUAGUUUUAAGCCUGCAAGGUCAUCAGUCAAAAGGUGUUCCAAAGUAGUUCUCUGUGCAGACAUGGAUGCACAGAAAGCUACCUGUUCUUCGACUCUGAAGGAGUCGAAGUUUCCUGAAUACCUCACGCUUAAUCCUGGUGGAACCGAAGCAGAGGGAACUUCAGCGAUGAAGGUCUGUCCCUACACUUAUUGCUCUCUCAAUGGCCAUCACCAUGCUCGAUCGCCUCCUCUCAAGUGCUUCCUUUCGGCACGGAGGCGAUUGAUGAAGACCCAAAAGAAUGCAAAAGUAGUGCCUCUAAGCCCAAAUGAUGGGCGUAUCGAUAGUAAAGCUGCCAGUGAGGAGGAAAAAAUUGGACUGGAAUUUUUCGUAGAAAUUUAUGCUAAAAAUGAAGAUGAGAACUCUUCUUCCAUUGGAAAUGUCGAUGAUAUUAAGGAAGAAAUGGUUGAGUUAGAGGGGGGAAGCAAAGAUGAAGAAACCGUGAUUUCUAGUAUGAGUGCAGAUAAAGAAAAAGAAGAAUAUGCAGGUGAUGAGCACAGUGAUAAGAGACUGUCUGAUGCAUCCUCAUGUUGCGAAGAUGAUCUUAAGCAAAACUUAGAAGGACGUAUGGAUGAGAGUGACAAAAUGGUGGAAGGUGAGAGCUUAUGUGAAGAAAGUGUCGAACUCCUGGAGUCCUGUUCAGAAGAUUCGGAUAUGGAGUGGGAUGCAGGAGAAUAUACUGAUUCAGAGCUUGAUGGAGAAGCGACCUACUCAACAGAAGAGGAUAAUCUAUCAUGUUCAGAUUAUGAGUAUAUAUCAGAAAUAGAAGAUCCUACUUUGCACAAGAUAGAUGCUGUCGCUUGUGAGAAUAUGGACAGCAAUUGGAAGGACAUUUCCGAUGAUCAAGUACUGAAGGAAGGAAAGCAUGCAAGCUUUGAGGUCCAAAUGCCAAGCCUUGGUAUGGAAGUAGAAGGCACAGAUGAGGCACCACAGGAUUCUGAACCCAGCCACAUCUUUGAUUACUUAAGCUACAGCGAUGAUUCAUCCAAAGAGGAUGAAUUUGAAGAAGUGAAAAGCCUCAAUGGAAGUGGACCGUCUUCAAUAGAGGAGGUCAUCGCGGAAGUAAAGUCAUCCUUUAAGGAGGAUGAAGAAGAAAACAUUCCUGGUGCUGACAAUACCAAUGCCAAUGUUCUUUUGAAUGCUGUCAGCGAUGGAUCCGACAGCUUGGACAUGAUAGGGGAUGCCCCAUAUGAUCAGAAGAAUACCAAACUUUCCGAAGCGUCUGAGUUUGAUGCUUGUCCAGGUUUGACAGAAGAUGAGGAGGCACAAGUUCAUACGGAUCUUACCACCAAGGGUAGCAGCCUCGACGAGGAAAUCAUUCACAAUGAUGUCGGAGAGACAACAAAAGAAACAGGGGAUAAUAAUGAAUCUGAGUCGGAGGCUACAAUCCUAAUUCCUGCUCAAUCAUCCAGACAUUCCUGCAAAGCUGAUGAUGACGCUCCAACACUUGCGGUGGAUGAUUCUGAGGAGCAGGAAGAUCCAAGAACUAAAAGAUCUUACCAAGAUGAAUAUUCUGGUGGAGAACCUGACGAAAUGGGACGGCAGAAAACUACAGAGACAGAUUCAGCAGAUUCAAUCCUUGAAGAGGACAGCUCCACUAAGACGAAGUCGACAAGGAUAUAUACCAGGUUGAAGAGCAAUCAUGACGAAGAACCCAUAGAUAUCUGUUUGAAGGGCACGAUCAGACGUAAAAGAUCCAGUGAGCCAACUGAGGACUCACGAGAUUUUAUGCCAAAAGAACCGAACUUUCUGCCACUGCCUCCUGAACCAGACACUGAAAGAGUUGAUUUGAGGCAUCAGAUGACGGAUGACAGGAAAAAUUCAGAGGAAUGGAUGAUCGACUAUGCACUCAGACAAACUGUAACAAAGCUAGCUCCUGCUAGGAAGAGAAAGGUAGCACUUCUGGUCGAGGCUUUUGAGAAAGUCAUGCCAACUUCAAAGUAUGAAACCCAUGUCCAAAGCACUUCAGCAAGCUCACCUCAUGCAAGGCCCAUUCAAGCUUGCAACUGAAUAAGAUCCCUAAAGCAAGGUUAUAAGCAACAGCGCGCAUUUCAAGCAGAUUGAGAAGUUUGGCAGGCACCGCACGCUUGACAGAGCAUAACUUGUUCGGCUCUAACAUUUGGAUCGGGCAGCUUGGGGAGAGGAUCAUGGGACAAACAUUGAACUGCUCCGAAGGCAGGCAAACUCCGACUGUCUACUAGGUGGCCAAAAAAAAAAAAAACUAUUGAGUGUUAAGCUUAUGACUACAUAGGCACUGCCAGUGCAAUAUAUGGAGUUUGAGUUUCCUUUUGUUCGACCAGGAAAAAAAAAAAAGAAAAAAAUCUUUCGAAUGGGUAUCCAUGUAGCCUCAGUUGUAGGGGCACUUAGCUCCAAACUCUCGUGACUUGUUCUAGUUGAUAUUUGUCUGAAAAAAUGCAUCGCAAGGUCAUGGAUA